AUUGAACUGCAUUACCCAGACUCCUUUGAGCGUCAGAGUGACGUCGGCAGAGCAGACCGAUUCAACAUGGAGGACGUAGUGACCGUAGAGAAGAACCCGGAGGAGUUACCUGUCAUGCAGAGCUCCAGACCCCACACCGCUCUCUCCUUCCUGGCGCCGGAACCGGAGGAUCUGGAAGACCUAUACAGCAGAUACAAGAAGCUACAGCAGGAGCUGGAGUUCCUGGAGGUGCAGGAGGAGUAUAUCAAGGACGAGCAGAAGAACCUGAAGAAGGAGUUCCUCCACGCCCAGGAGGAGGUGAAGAGGAUCCAGAGCAUUCCACUCGUCAUCGGACAGUUCUUGGAGGCCGUGGACCAGAACACCGCCAUCGUGGGCUCCACCACCGGGUCGAACUACUAUGUCCGCAUCCUGAGCACCAUUGACCGAGAGCUGCUGAAGCCCAACGCCUCAGUAGCGCUCCACAAGCACAGCAACGCCCUGGUCGACGUCCUGCCGCCCGAGGCCGACAGCAGCAUCAUGAUGCUCACUGCCGACCAGAAGCCUGAUGUGAUGUAUGCAGACAUUGGAGGCAUGGACAUUCAGAAGCAGGAAGUCAGAGAGGCAGUGGAGCUGCCCUUAACUCACUUUGAGCUCUAUAAACAGAUUGGUAUCGACCCACCUAGGGGAGUCCUGAUGUACGGCCCUCCAGGCUGUGGAAAGACCAUGUUGGCCAAGGCUGUGGCGCACCACACUACAGCUGCGUUUAUUCGUGUGGUGGGCUCGGAGUUUGUCCAGAAGUACCUGGGGGAGGGUCCUCGCAUGGUGCGAGACGUCUUCAGGCUGGCCAAGGAGAACGCCCCCGCCAUCAUCUUCAUCGACGAGAUCGACGCCAUUGCCACCAAGCGCUUUGACGCACAGACCGGAGCUGACCGAGAGGUGCAGAGAAUCCUCCUGGAGCUUCUGAACCAAAUGGACGGCUUUGACCAGAACGUCAAUGUUAAGGUGAUCAUGGCUACCAACAGGGCAGACACUCUGGACCCGGCCUUACUGCGUCCUGGACGUCUGGACAGGAAGAUUGAGUUUCCUCUCCCUGACCGCCGACAGAAGCGUCUGGUCUUCUCCACCAUCACCAGCAAGAUGAACCUGUCAGAGGAGGUGGACCUUGAGGACUACGUGGCGAGACCCGACAAGAUAUCUGGAGCCGACAUCAACUCCAUCUGCCAGGAGGCUGGCAUGCUGGCAGUGCGUGAAAACCGGUACAUUGUCUUGGCCAAGGACUUUGAGAAGGCCUACAAGACCGUCAUCAAGAAGGACGAACAGGAGCACGAGUUCUACAAGUAGUCUGAGUCCCUCCCACCUCCUCCGUCGCCCUCAUCACCACCGCCCCCACCCUUUUGUUUCUGUCUGUACAAUGUCUCUUGGAGCUCCUCUGCCUGUCUCUACAGGUGGUGUGUUUGGGGUCUGGGGGUUUAGGCUGUAUUUAACCCCACUGUAUCUGUGUCUUCUCAAUAAAGAGCUUUUCCAUAAAACAAGGCCUUG